CAAGAUAAGUUUAAAAGAGAUAACGUUUUAGUACAAGAACAUUUUAUGCAACGGCAAUAUCUCAGCGUGCUUUGAGGUCCUUAAUCUGUUAUCGACUUUAUCGACACUUUUGCGCCCCCAACGGUCAGAAUAUUUAAUGUGCGCACGGUGUGCUGAUUGAACACCUUUUUGAAGAGUUUCAGGUGGAGAUGGCAGUUCUUCGUGCAGCUGGAGUUUUUUCCAAAUUUGCAACUAGCAAAUGUCCUUCAUUCUCAGGUCAUGCCAGCCGAAGCCUCUCAUUGUCUUCAUCAUUGGCAGCUCGAACACACGUCAGCUACGAGCUCAAGGAUGAUGUGGCAGUUAUACGACUCAAUGAUCCAACAGCCAAGGUGAACACCCUGACAUGGCAGUUGCAGUCUGAACUGAUGGCGGUGAUGGAGGAGAUCUGGGCGAACGGUGCUGUGAAAAGUGCCGUCCUUAUAUCCCGCAAGCCUGGCAACUUCCUCGCCGGGGCAGAUAUCAAAAUAAUCCAAUCUGCCAAUAGCAGUGAGGAGGCCGCGGGGUUCUCUCAUGAAGUUCAGAAGAAACUUGAGAAGUUCGAGAAGUCACCCAUCCCUAUUGUCGCUGCCAUCCACGGCUUCUGCCUGGGUGGAGGCCUUGAGUUGGCGAUAGCCUGCCAGUACCGCAUCGCCACAAAAAGCAAAAACACGUUCCUGGGGACACCAGAGGUUAAGCUGGGACUGCUGCCUGGAUUAGGCGGCACUCAGAGACUGCCUAAAUUGGUGGGUCUCCCCGAAGCGUUGGAUAUGAUGCUGACAGGCAGGAACAUCAGCGCAGACAGAGCUAAGGAGAUGGGUCUAGUGCACCUGCUUGUGGACCCUCUGGGUCCUGGCACGAAGCCUGCAGAGGAGAGGACUAUUGAAUACCUUGAAGAAGUUGCAGUGGGCGUGGCCAAGGGAAUCGCCAACAAGCAGGUUCCCCUUACAAAGGAGAAGAGCCUCAUGCAGAAGCUGCAGGACACAGUGAUGGGCCUGGGUCAGGUGAGGAAGAUGAUCUAUAAGACUGCAAGUGAGAAGGUCCAGAAACAGACUAAAGGUCUCUACCCUGCUCCUGUCAAAAUCAUUGAGUCUGUCAAGACUGGACUGGAGCACGGCACAGAGGCAGGUUAUCUGGCUGAAAGUGAGAACUUUGGGAAGCUGGCAAUGACUUCAGAGGCCAAUGCUCUGAUUGGCCUUUACCAUGGUCAAGUGACUUGUAAGAAAAACCACUUUGGGACCCCGAAGAAGGACGUGAAGAGGCUGGCGAUCCUGGGUGCAGGGUUGAUGGGUGCUGGUAUAGCCCAGGUAUCAGUACAUAAAGGCCUGACUGCCAUCCUAAAGGACACAACAGAGGAGAGCAUCAGCAGGGGACAUGAGCAGGUCUACAAAAGUCUCAACACUAAGGUGAAGAAGAGAGCCUUGACAUCAUUUGAGCGUGACGUCACAAUGUCCAAUCUCUCAGUCCAGCUUGACUACUCUGGUUUCCAGUCUGCUGACAUAGUGAUAGAGGCCGUGUCCGAGGACAUCAAUAUAAAACACAAAGUCCUCAAGGAGGUGGAGGCGGUAAUCUCUCCCCACUGCAUUUUUGCCUCCAACACCUCCACUCUGCCCAUCAAGGACAUCGCUGCUGCCAGCAAACGCCCUGAAAAGGUCAUCGGCAUGCACUAUUUCUCCCCGGUGGACAAGAUGCCGUUGCUGGAGAUCAUCACCACAGAUGAGACCUCUAAAGACACCUUGGCCUCUGCUGUCAGCGUGGGCCUCAAACAGGGCAAGGUUAUCAUCGUUGUCAGGGAUAGUCCAGGGUUUUACGCCAAUCGCUGCAUCUUUCAGACAAUGGCAGAGGCUAUAAUACUUUUGCAGGAAGGUGCUGAGCCAAAGAAACUGGACUCCCUGAUGACAAGCUUUGGUUAUCCCAUCGGCCCUGUAUCGUUGUCUGACGAAGUUGGUUUGGAUAUAGCAGCACACGUAGCAGAGAAUCUGACCAAGGCCUUUGGUGUUGAAGGAGGACAUUCUGCCCACACGAUUCUUAGUGACCUAUCGGAGAGAGGCUUCAAAGGUCGCAAAUCUGGAAAAGGCAUAUACCUCUAUGAAGAUGGAACAAAAGACAGGAGUGUGAAUCCUGAAGCUGAAGAAAUCUUGAAGAAAUACAACGUGGCAGCUCCUCCUGCAGUUUCUUCAGACUCUGACCGCCAGUACCGGGUGGUGUCUCGCUUUGUAAAUGAGGCAGUUCUGUGUCUCCAGGAGGGAAUACUGAGAAACCCAGUAGAGGGAGACAUUGGAGCCGUAUUCGGUUGCGGCUUCCCUCCCUUCCAUGGUGGUAGGUCUCAUACUUAA